GAGAGCGCGGAGAGAGCUGCAGUCCAGGCUCCAGAACCUGCAGGCACGCACUGAAGCCAAUGAAGAAGUGAGUGCAAAGAGAACAUUUGGAUUACUUUUCAACAAAAUAAUAAUAAUAUUAAUAAUUAUAACCUAAUAAUAAAAAAAAACAAGAGCAGACAGUGAGAUCUGAACCUCAAAACUGAAGAGAGUUUGGGAGAUUCUCGAGAGAAAUCUGACUGGUUUGAAACUCAACUUUCACUGCGUCUCCGAGCAGAAGAAGCGGCUGAAACGCCUUUGCAGUCCGGGUUUUUUUUGCCGGCUGACCUCCAUGUAUAAGAUGGAUUACUCCUACCUGAACUCCUAUGACUCCUGCAUGGCGGCCAUGGAGGCGUCGGCCUACGCAGACUUCAGCUCCUGCAGCCAGGCCAGCUCCUUCCAGUACAACCCCAUCCGGAGCGGGCCCUUCUCCAACCCGGGCUGCAGCCCGCUCAGCACGGCCAGCUGCACCCUGGGGGCCCUGCGGGACCACCAGCCCACCCCCUACUCCUCAGUCCCGUACAAGUUCUUCUCGGACCCGUCUGGCCUGAACGAGAAGAGGAAGCAGCGGCGCAUCCGCACCACGUUCACCAGCUCGCAGCUGAAGGAGCUGGAGCGCGUGUUCGCGGAGACGCACUACCCGGACAUCUACACCCGCGAGGAGCUGGCGCUCAAGAUAGACCUGACCGAGGCCCGGGUACAGGUGUGGUUUCAGAACAGGCGCGCCAAGUUUCGUAAGCAGGAGCGCGCGGCCAACGCCAAAGCCAACAACUCUGGUGGCACCACAGGUAACACCAGCAGCAGCUCUGGAGGGAAGAAGAAUGGAGAGGCCAGGUCUUCAUCAGAUGAUGAUGAGUCCAAGGAAUCCACCUGCAGCCCCACACCCGACAGCACGGCCUCCCUGCCCAGCUCUGCCAAUGGAAACUUGGGCAGCCCUGCCAGCUUGAGCCCCAGCCCGGCCCCCGCCAACAGCGGCUACGCCAACAACUCCAGCCCCCCGAUCCUGCAGGGCCUGAAGGCCCCCAGCUGGUCCAGCCUGGGACCGUCCAAUCCCGCCGUGGCCCAGCCCGCCGUCCAGACUCAGGAGAUCCUGAAGGCCUGGCAGCCGGCGGACAGUAUGACCGGCCCCUUUGCUGGAGUCCUGUCCUCCUUCCACAGAAAACCCAACCCCAUCAAGACAAAUCUGUUCUGAAGCACAGCGGAGGAGAGGAUGACAAACGGACUGGAACAGAGCGGAGUUUCUAGCUUUGUGGAGGGACUCGAGACUUGCCCGCUGUAACGCUGAACUGACCGGGAGAGUCCUGUGCAGGGUCCUGUCACAGCUCAGAUCACAAAGCCACAGGUGUGCAGCUAUGAACACGACAUGGGAAGUUUCCUCCCUGCUACGACCUUCCUCUCCACCAGAGUUCUUCAUUGAUGAGAAAUCCUGUCUCAGACGCCACUAAGACAUUCUCUAUUUAAUGAUUUUGAAUUAUACAAGACCUCAAACUGCAACCUGAACAGAACUGUUCUGACUUACAGUAUAGAUGCUCUGUAUUCACACAAAAAAUCUCUUUCCUGCACGUUGUCUGUCUUUGUUGCACUCUCAGAUUCCCACACUCACUGCACGACAGCAGUACUGAUGAGCAUGGUGGUCAGGUAGGACUCUAAAGCAGAAAUCCAAACAUCACACUCCAGUCUUUGCUGGGGAAACCAAACAAACCUUCACCCUCAAGCACAACCAACCCCCUCUGACAUGCAGACUUCCUCUAAAUGGAACAGGGUCCCCCUAAAUCUCUUCCCCGAAUGGCCAGGAGGCAACCCCGAAAUCCAAUUAGAGCUGCCAGGUCCAGGCCAGACACAUCUGAAGAUCAGCUUAUUCUCUCCCUCCUUUCAUUACUGUAUCAAGUUCUGACUCCCACACUCUCUCUCCUCUCGGGGCUUUAUUUCCCAUCAUGCAUUCUUCUUAUAAACAGUUACCAUUUUGGUGAAACUAUGAGGGGAAGAAGAUGGAGAACUUGAGGCUUUGGCUUCGUUUUUCUAUUCACGUCUGCAGCUUUGUCCUUUGGAUUGGGGGGGGAGCACAAAGCUGCAGCUGAACACAAAGUUUAGCGUAUUUAUAAAUGAUGUGGUGUUGCUGUUGAGGUCCUGCCACCCGUUUCUAACAUCAACCACCGAUUGAAGACAUUGCUAACUCCCCAACUCAGUUUCUUUCUUUCUCUCCACAAAGAAAAGAAUGAGUCCAUCUCAGAAACGCUGGUCAUAUGCUGAGAUGACAUUUUCUACUGUGUUUAUUAAUGAACAAACUUUGUUCUUGUUGAUACCCAUCUUUUUUUUUCUUCUGUUAAUUACUUGUAAUUCAUCUGUUACCACUAACUGAAGUUGAUCAAUUUCACAGGGUUUACUCCAGAAAGCUACUCGAAAGGGGGGGAGGGGGACUAUGUAUUUAUUAAUAUUUUUUAUUGUCAGUGAAAGACCCACACAUUUCUUUGAAUUAGUUCAUACAAUUUUGUGGAUGUAAAUUCUGUAAUUAGUAAUAUAAAUAUUAGGUAGCCUUUUUCUUUUCUUUCAUUUGUUUGUUUUGCUCUACAGAUCUAUUUCACUGGAGAGCAUCUGUCAGACAUAUCGGUGAAAGCAGACAGAAAGCUCAAGUGAUAAGAAGUUAUAGCACUACUCUGAAUAUUCUAAUAAAUCUACAUUAUGGAGGCACUAUGGCACAGCUCACGACCCGCUUCAUGUGUGAAAAACGACAAGCGUCUCAUCUAAAGUCAGAUUGACAAACCUCAUGACUUGCAGGAUAUACAUUUCUAAAGGAACAGAGCAUUUGCUCUUUAUGAGAAACAAUUGGUUCAGCUUAACCUGCGGAUGAAAAAUGACAGAGAGAAGCAAUCUAUAACGUAGGGAAAGAUAUUAGACUUUACUUGAAAAAGUUAAAUACAAGGGUGACAAUUUUACAUUAACUUAAUAGAAACUGAAACAGAAGACUACAUGUAGACAAAAUGGAGUGUCAGAGAUAAUAACGGUACGUCUCUUUUGCAUACAUACAUACAUAUACACUUACACACACCACUGAGAACACCGGUGGGCUUCAAGACACAUUACACUGAAUUUAUCCGAAUGGAACAUCCAAAUUCUCUGCGCUUGUUUCGCUGUUUAAGAUAUCAGGCAGAAUGCACCACCUGUAACAGAUGAAUGGAGUUCAAUCUAAUUUUGU